UUUCCAGAUAAUGAUAACUUAGACCUGUUAGCCUCCCUCUUGGAAGAAAAUGGGGCAGCUGCAGAGCACAUUUCUGAAGAGAGUGGCAUCAAUAACAUGGGUGCAGCUAGUGAGCCAGAUGACUAUGACAAGCUGUUUGAUGAAGAAGAUGAGGAAUCCUACACUGAGGAGGUGGAGGAUGUCGAAGGAGAAUCCACUGGCUCUAAGGAAGAUGUAGCUGAAUUGUUUGGAGAUGUAGGAGAUCUCUCAGAAGAGGAGCAGGAGAAGGACACUAUACGGGGAACAUCUCUUUCCGUAGCUGUUGAUCCAGCAAAGGAGACCACCAAUCAGGCCCUGCAAGAUGAGUUGAGAAAAUUGCAAGAACAAAUGAAAAAACUACAGAAACAAUUAGAAAUGACAGCAAUAGCACAGCCAGUUAGUGCUGGCCCUAGCAAGAAAACCUCCGAUAAAUCACCUGCUGCCUUCAUAAAGGAAAAGAAGCCUCCAAAACUUCAAGAGUCACCAUGCUUUUCAACCCAGCUCAACAAUUCUUCUUUCCCACGCUCCAAAAUUCAGUGUCACAACCCAGCUUCCCUUUCUGGGAAUAAAAGCCAUGUUUCAAAGCCAGGUCCCAAUUUGCUGCCUCAACCUCUUAAGUCUGUCACUGGAAACAGACCCAGCGUGGGUGUCAGUCAGAAAUCUCCAGUGCCAAAGAGUUCCAGUGUAAAUAAUCACGAAGUCUCCUUGGAAAUCUACUCAGGGCUGAGGUUAAGAAAACCCCGUGUAUCCUCAGUUGAGAUGGAAAGAAAAAUGUCAGGCCGGAAGUUUAUUAGACUUUCUCAAUUACAAGACAAACUCACUUCAAUGAAUCUUGAGGAAACAGAUUGGGUUACAUUUGGAGUUAUAAUAAAGAAGGUCACUCCUCAGAGCUCCAAUAACGGCAAAACGUUCAGCAUUUGGCGGUUGAACGACUUACGUGACUUCAGUAGAUGUGUCUCAUUGUUUCUGUUUGGGGAUGUUCAUAAGGAUCACUGGAAGACAGACCAAGGCAUGGUUAUAGGCCUGCUCAAUGCUAAUCUCAUGAAACCAAAAGAAGGAUCAGAUGAGGUUUGUGUGUCGGUUGAUCAUCCCCAGAAAAUCUUGCUUUUGGGUGAGGCCAUGGACUUGGGAACCUGCAAGUCCAGGAAGAAAAAUGGAGAGCCCUGUACACAGCUGGUUAACCUGAAUGAAUGUGAGUAUUGCCAGUAUCAUGUACAAUCCCAGUACCGAAGGCUCAGUUCAAAGCGAUCAGACCUUCAGUCAACUUUCUCGAGUAACCGGGCUCCAAAACGGGGAAUGAAGAAGAACCUUGGCUUAAAGGAAAGGCUUUGUCAGGAGGGAUUUUACUAUGGAGGAGUUUCCUCAGCCGCUUAUGCAGCUUCUGUUGCAGCAGCUGCCACUCCUAAGAGGAAAAUCCAAACCACUCUGUCCAGUUUGGUUGUGAAAGGAGUUGAUGCAGUUCUUCAUGAAACAAAGCAAAGACUGGGUUUGGCAAAGGACCCUUUGUCUUGUUCAGAGGAGUUCAAAGAACUGUUGUCAGUGCCCUCCUUUGGAGCACGAAAUCUAAACAAACACUUGGCUAAUGCCAGUAUACCAGGAUCCAGUGGUAAGCAAAGUGCAGCUUUCCAGUCUAUCUCUGCUUCAGCCUUGCUUAAGCAACAAAAGCAGCAAAUGCUGGAAGCAAGGAAAAGGAAAUCUGAAGAGCUACAAAGGAGAUUUCUUCAGAAUACAAGUAGGGAAAACACAGCAGUAAUACCAUCUUCCUUGAGACCAUCUAUAGUGCGGUCUCCAGCUCCAGGGGCUGAGUUUCCUAAAGCUGCAAAACUGGCAAGUCCCCAAACUCCUAGACUUGGUACAGGUGUCUCUGAAGGAGAUGAUGUCCUCUUCUUUGAUGACUUGCCUCCUCCAGUACCCAAACUGAAUGCCUUGGCAGAAGCUAAAAAGAUGGCUGCUAUAAAUAAACUGCGGGCAAAAGGCCAUAUCCUUUCUAAAGUGGACCCAAACAGCAUCAAGCGAAAACGAUCUGAUCUUGAUAAUCUAAAUAUUUCUGAGAGAGUUGAGAAAAAUACACUGGUUCCAGAAGACAAUGAUGCUAGUGCAGAACCUGCAGAAAAGAAACAGCGCCAACAGCUUGCAUAUUUAGAGUCGGAUGAAUUUCAAGAGAUCCUGAAUGCAAGAUCAAAACACACAGGUGUGCUUAAGGAGUUUGAGGCUGAGUUGCAGGAACGUUAUUUUGAGCCCUUGGUGAAAAAGGAGCAAAUGGAAGAAAAGAUGAGGAGUAUCAGAGAAGUGAAAUGCCGUGUUGCAACAUGCAAAACAUGUAAAUACACCUAUUUCAAACUCCUGGAUUCAUGUGUCGAGCAAAAUCACGACUAUCUCUGGCAUGAUGGUGUGAAGCGAUUUUUCAAGUGCCCCUGUGGGAACAGAGCCAUCUCUCUCGACAAGCUUCCCAAAAAGCACUGCAGCAAUUGUGGUCUCUUUAAAUGGGAGCGUGAUGGAAUGCUGAAGGAGAAGAAGGGUCCCAAGAUUGGUGCAGAAACUCUUUUACCACGAGGAGAAGAACAAGCCAGAUUCCUCAACAGCAUGCAAUGAGUGUGAAAAGUUCUUUCUCUCCCUUGCACUUGUCUUUUGAAUUUAUCUCCUGCUUUUAGUAAAGUUCAGUCACUCUGAUGAAGGACAGGUUGUUUCUUAAAAGACUUAACCACCAGAAAUUCUGCUUCCCUCCUCCAUGAAAACUGAACUAUUCUCUUUGUUUUGAGUUUUCUUUAUUUGACCUGACAGUUUCAGAGGGAAAAAAUCCUAAUUUUUUUUAACGCAUUUACUCUUCCUUUGAUUUUUGGAAUAGGUACUUGUGUCAUAGUGUACAUAUGGUAAUUUUGACAAGGAAUUAGAAGUCAGGUCCUAAGAACUGCAGCUUAAAGGCAAAGAAUUCUCAGAGAGGUUCUGCAAAUGUGUCCUUGGCCAUCAGUCACUAUAUUGCCUGAGACUACCUCAAAUGUUUUUCAGCAUUAUCCUGAACUGAGAAAACAGUGUUUCAUAAUAUGUGGAAAUAUGGUGCUUCUCAGCUAGGAGGUUUUAUCUAAGUUUUCAAAACUAGGAACAAAUUGUGUCACUAUUAUACCUCAUUUUGGUAAUGUGGUGGCCACACUAAUGCAGCUUCCUGAAUGGAUAGUUACUCUCUUUUGCAAUCUUAAUUCUAAUAAGGAGGUACUUUAGCAAGGCAAGUCUUCAUUUUAAAAACUUUUUCCCAAAUUAGGUUUUAAAACUUCUUUCAAGAGUUUGUGGAAUGCCUGGAUGCUUUAGUUAUUAUUUUAUACAAUACAGCCUACAUUUCAAAUAGUGAACUGUGUAUUAUUUCGUAGUAUUGCCUUCUACAGGAAAAGUCAAAAAGCCCUGCAUUUCUUUUCUUCAACUGGUGGUUUCUCUGACAGUAGUGUUUCUUACUAAGCACAGCAAGAAGCAGUGGAAAACCCAAAAUUACAAUGUGAACUUGUGUGGAUUGAAAUUUGUACUUUAAUGCAAUGCAUAUAUUCAGAGACAGUCCUAUGCUGACUGUCCUGUUUUACCUUGAGGUGCAAUUUGGAUUUGUUAAUCUGAGUUGUACGGCUGCAAAGUUCUCACCGAUGUGCAUUUUACCUGUUGCCUACUAAUUUUCUUUCCUUUAGUUUUGCCCAAAUGUACUAAGAAUGCCAAAAUGAAUCAACAGGGUCUUCUACAUCACCUGUAGUUUCUGGAAAUGCAUUGGGAAUUGUAAAUAUUCAACCACAAUACUCUGAUUAAACUGUUUACUGUUUGGAA